AGUGUGAGACCAAGCUGUAUUAAAAGUAAAUUGUAUUUUUCGCUGAAAUUGCAUAUACUUAUUUUUUGUCGGUUUGCUUGAAGCGUUACUAAAUUUUGUUGCGUGGGUGAUUUAACUUUAUUAAACAGCAAUUCACGCUGUUGCUGAUCGAGAAACUUUUCCUAAUUGGCAAGUAAACGCCAAAGCAGAAAAGAGAGUAACGUAGUGCGGAACAGAGCAAAAAGAGAAAAACAACGGUUAACGUUAAAUUGGUUAAGCACGUAUUAUAUCGUGUUUUUCCAUUUGUAUACUAUAUCUCGAAGAGAGAUCCCCAUCAAACAACACUAGGGAUUUAUGAUCAUGAGCGCCACUGAGGAAAACAGCAGUCCGGCUACCACGCCACAAGAAAGCGAAGCUCCCGAAACAACAAAUCCCAGAGAUCUGGAGAAAAUCGAGGAGGAGAAACUUAAAUCAAAAUAUGCAACCGGCAUGCGGGCGCCGGGAGGGCACUCGGCUUUCUUGCAGAAACGUCUGCAAAAGGGUCAAAAAUUCUUCGAUUCUGGUGACUAUCAGAUGGCAAAGCAGAAAGGUGGCGGUGUUAAACAAGUUUUCGCCAACAAGGUGACCACCGGAGAUGCCAUUCCUACUCCAGAGACUGUGCCGGCACGUAAGACCUCGAUUAUACAGCCGUGCAACAAGUUCCCUGCGACGAGUUAAGCUUUCGCUUCAAUCGCGCCUUCUCAAUGCUCUACCUAUUGCUAAAAUUAAUAUUAAGUUGGUUGAUCCACGGCGCAGAGCUGUGCCGGUCUAUCUGCAUUUCAUGCGUUUUCUUUUUAAAUUGAUUUAGUUUAUGCCCCCACAUGUCAUUUAUAUACCAUUAACUUAAAGUAUCCAGAUUAUAUGUAGUUAUAAGUUAUUCCAAAAUGCAAACGAAACAAAAACAAGCAGGAUAUGUCCUACGUAAUACAACAAAUUGCAACAAAUAACACGUAAUACAAAAUUUUGAAUAAACCCUGUUGUAAAGUAUUUCGCAUGGAAUGAACUAAAAUAAA